AUGUCGUACCGGGCUCCCUUCGUGGUCCCCGCGAUCAAGAAGCACACUGCGACUGUCAUUAUGGCGCAUGGUCUGGGCGAUAGUGGAGCAGGCUGGGUCGGUCUUGCACAGAACUGGCGUCGCCGAAGCAAAUUCGAAGAAGUCUCGUUCAUUUUCCCUAAUGCGCCCAUGAUUCCGAUUACAGUUAAUAUGGGCAUGACAAUGCCGGGAUGGUAUGACAUUGCGCAUUUGGGCCAAGAUAUGGACUUUGAAGAAGCUCAACGCAAACAAGACGAACCCGGGAUCCUCAAAUCCCGCGACUACAUCAACGGCCUCAUCAAAGAAGAAAUCGACAAGGGCAUCGCACCCUCCCGCAUAAUCAUCGGCGGCUUUUCGCAGGGCGGCGCUAUAUCGUUGUUUACUGGUAUCACAUCUCCACACAAACUUGGUGGUAUUUUUGGGUUAUCGUCCUACCUGUUACUUGCAACCAAACUCAAGGAAUUCUCGCCACCAGGCGGAGAGUUGCCGAAUGCGAAGACGCCGUUUUUCCUGGCUCAUGGAUACGAGGACCCAGUGGUCAAGUAUGAGUUUGGUGAUAUGACGCAGAAGCAUCUCAAGGGGAUGGGGUUUGAUGUCGAGUUUCAUAGUUAUCGUGGCCUUGCACAUUCUGCAGACCCGGAGGAGAUUCAAGACUUGGAGGAUUAUAUGGAGAAGAUUCUGCCGCCUACAUCGGGCGAAGAAGCUGCUCCUAUUCUUUUGGUUAGGACGAGAACCCCAUCUCAACACCACACACACCACAACACAUUUUUAUAUGAAAACCCUGUAUUUUUGAAGAUGGCAUCAUCAUCAGCACCCCGCUCAACUCUAUCCCAAGAUAUCGGCGCCGCCCUCGGUCUCACAGCCCAUGGCCUCCGCAACCCAGCCGAACUCUGGACUGCAGUAGGCCCAACCAUGAACGAACUCACUUGGGGUCUGAUAGGACACUCGUUUGACCCUAGUAGUGACAUUCCUGAUUUACCGGGCAAGGUUAUUUUUGUCACCGGCGCAAACACGGGCCUCGGCAAAGAGACAGUCCUGCAACUAGCACGACACAAUCCUGCACGAAUCUAUCUUGCAGCCAGAAAUGAGCAGAAGGCCGAGAAUGCAAUUCGAUCUAUCAGACAGGAGCUCUCUGCAACGGGGGCAGGUACUGCUAACGAAGUGGAUAUUCAAUUCAUCCAGCUAGAUUUGACUUCAUUCUCAUCUAUACGACAAGCCGCCGAAACAUUUCUACAAAAAAAUACUCGACUGGAUAUUUUGGUGCUGAAUGCAGGCGUCAUGGCUGAGCCAGCCAUUACAACACCCCAGGGCCACGAAAUCCAAUUCGGCACGAACCAUAUUGGUCAUUUCUUGCUUACUGAGUUACUACUUCCCACUUUAUUGAAAACUGCGUCACCUUCACCAGGAGAGACCUCCUCGACAGCGCCAGACGUGAGGAUCGUAGUCCUCACGAGCUUGGCAAGUAGCUACACCCCUUACCAUCCAGACUACAUGCAGUUGAUCUCCUCGCCCGAACGCCUUCUGGAACUCACGACCUGGCAACGCUACGCAAUCAGCAAAGCCGCCAAUAUACUGUUUGCGACAGAGCUUGCGCGUCGUUAUCCAUCCAUAACCUCUGUCUCGGUACACCCCGGCCUCGUAGCCAGCGAUCUUUACAACGGCACACAAGCCACCAACGCUAUCGCAGGAUCAAUGCUUCCUUCUCUAAAACUGCUGUUCAGGUCCGUGAGGUCGGGAACAUUGAAUCAGCUGUGGGCUGCGGCGGGUGCACGCAAAGAUGAGUUGGUGAAUGGGGCGUAUUACACUCCUGUGGGACAUCGGAAUAAGAGGAAUCGGUUUGUGGUUGAUACGGCGUUGGCGAAGAGGCUAUGGGAGUGGACGGAGAAAGAGGUUGAGCGUUUUUAA